CCACCCGUGAGGUUGUAGACGUGGUACGGGGAUGAGAAAGCGGUGACUGAGGCGGCCGCUGCCGCCGCCGAGGGAACGACCAUGGGGCUUCCGUGGCUCUCCUGGGCCGCCCUGUGCUGCGCCGCGUGGCUGCCGGCGGCUCAGGCCAAGACGGUCCGGGGCGGCUUCUCCAGCGCGGCCGCCGGAGCUGGCCAGGCGGCGGCGCAGUUCCAGUUCCACGGUGAUUGUGCUCUUCUGUAUGUCAGAAUCACCAAUGUAGCAACAGCAGUUGGAAAAGAAGCCAAGCUUCACCUCUUUCAAGCUCAGGAAUGGCUAAAGCUGCAAGAAAGCCACCAGGAUUACAGCUGUAAAGAGAGAUUGUCCAAAGCUCAGCUGAUAAUGCACCUGAAUAGCACAGAACAAAAUCUGACUGUGUCCCAGAUUCCGUAUCCUGACACAUGGUAUGUGUUUUAUGUCGACAAGUUUACCUGUGCGGUGAAUUAUGAGGACUCUGAAUCCGAGGAAGUUCAAUUUGAAAUGGUGUUACUAAAUCCAGAUGCGGAAGGGAAUCCUUUAGAUCACUUUAGCGCAGGGGAAUCAGGCCUCCAUGAGUUCUUCUUCCUGCUUGUUCUGGCCUACUUCGUCGCUGCUUGCAUAUACGCUCAGACAUUGUGGCAGACGAUUAAAAAAGCAGGGCCUAUGCACACUGUGUUAAAAGUUCUGUCGACUGUUCUGCUCUUGCAAGCCGCUUCUGCUUUUGCUAACUACCUGCAUUUUUCAAGUUACUCUAAAAAUGGAGUAGGAGCACCUUUCAUGGGAAGCCUUGCAGAGCGGUGUUCCAGGCAGACAGUUUCUUGUGCAAAUAUUCCUGUAAAGACGUGGCACAGAAGUACAGCCCUACAACAGGCCAUUUUAUACAGAGGUUUUUCUUGGUGGCGUAAUUCAGACAAUUCAGUUAUAUCAAUGUUCUUCCCCUUAGUGUGCGACAUAAUCUCUCAGGUGCAGAUGCUCUAUCUGUUGCUCAGUUUGUGCAUGGGAUGGACAAUAGGGAGAAUGAAGAAAUCUCAGAGUAAACCUCUCCAGUGGGAUUCCACUCCAACAUCCACAGCCAUUGCAAUAGCUGUCGUGGUAACACAGGGCAUUUUGCUAAUUUGGGAACAGUUUGAGGAUACAAAUCAUCACAGCUACCACUCACACCAAAGUUUAGCAGGCGGGCUUCUCAUUGGCUUGAGAAUUUGCCUAGCUCUGUCGCUCGGCUGCGGACUUUACCAGAUCAUCCGAACUGAGAGAAGCACACUGAAAAGAGAAUUCUAUAUCACUUUCACAAAGGGCUGUCUUCUGUGGUUUUUGUGUCACCCAAGUCUUGUAUCCAUAUCUCUAAUGUUAAGAGAUUACCAGCGAGAGAAGGUCAUUACCGUAGGCGUCAUCCUCUGCCAGUUGUUCUCCAUGGUCCUCUUGUACCGACUCUUUGUUUCUCAUAGUCUGUAUUGGGAAGUGUCCUCCCUCUCUUCAGUAACACUGCCACUUACUGUAGCAUCUGGACAUAAAAGUCGGCAUCAUUUCUGAGAUGCAUCUGGGAGAUCCAUUGACAAAUGUGCAAUAAAGACUUGGAAAUGUGCAGCUAUUUUCAGCAGUGAAUCCACCACAGAGGAUCUUUGGGAGAAAAGAAACAAUCAAAAUACAGAAUUACACUGCUGCCGGAGCUGAACGAGUGCAGGUAUGAGGCAGAUUUUCUCAAAAAUGGUGACCAAGCAUCUUGGAUGAAGUCAAAGAAAAUUCUUAACCUCGGUGUUUUCACUUAAAAACUGCCUCAUCUUAUGUUGGAACUAGAUCCAAAUUGUCAUAACUGCAAGCAUAAAUGGAUCACAUAGACCACUUUUGGAAUUAAAAUAGUAUAUUGGUUUAAAGUUGCUUUGAAACAGUGCAAAUUGUGCAGAAGUUUAAAAGGACUUGAAAAUUGUAAUAGGUCCAGGAAACCAGUGUAAAAUGUUUACAGCAAACUGUAGCACUCAUUAUUUGUGUUUUUGAAAACGAAAAGAAAAAACACUUCCUUGCCUUGAGAUUUGGAUGCAGUUCAGAUUUCAGCUUGAUUACCAAUUGCUUUUUACACACCAUGUUUGUGACAAAUGUUACAAGAGCAUAAGCGUGAUGGACUAACUCGAGUUUUGUUUUUUAAAAAACAAAAACUUGGCAUUGUUAAGGUUAUAAAAACAGCAGGCUAGCAUCUCCUAAACUUGGGGGGGGGGUAUGUGAUGCAGCACUAGAAUUUUAAUCCUGAUAUAAUUCAUUACUCUUACAUUGAGGAUUCAAUCAUAAUUAAGCCAUAUUCACAGAUUAAAUUAACAGAAGCAUUUCAAAUAAAUGUUAGUUUCAGUCAUCAACUACCCAUGAAUUCCUGCCCAAGGAUACUUAAUCAGGAUUAAAUUUUCUAUGAAUAAUUGAAAAACAAAAUACUCACUGGAUUUGUUAUAAUCCAUGUUGGCAGUGGGUUCUAAGAAGUUGCCAUCUCCCACCCAUUGUAGUAGAAGCACACUCUGAAAUGAUUCCUAGCAUUCAGACUGCCAUUGUAAAUAUAUAGUCUUACUGAAGUGCCUAUUUAUUGCUCAAGAUUGAAAUAAUUUGAAUGAGUUUUGCUAUAUAAAAUAAACAUUCCUGUUAAGUAA